GACCAGCAGCUUAUCGAAACGCUGAGGCACGACAUGACCCAGAUAGAAGAGAUCAAGGAGAAACUACCCAGCCUUGCCACUGACUGCGCCGAUCUGCAUGGUUCCCUUGACAUCUUUUACGUGAACAAGAUCAUGAAGUUCGACUUUGACUUGGAAGAGUUGGACUGGGCCAACAAACAGUUUCUAGGGUCGGGCUCAUUCGCCGAAGUUUUUAGUUCGGAACUGAAGAGAAAGCGUCGGCCAGUGGCGUUGAAGGUUGCCAGCAGCCCUGUAAAAAGCGACAACGUUUCUGAAAUACUGAUGGCGGACAGAACCAUGCGGGAAUUGCGUCACCCGAACAUCAUCCGUUACUUUGGCGCGACGUACGUGAAAAAAACAUCGGGCUUAGUCUGGAUCAUGGUCAUGGAUUUGUGUAACGCUUUGCUGAAAAGCUUAUACAUUGUAUUGUGUAACGCCUCGCUGAAGAGCUUGUACAUUGACGACAUUAACAAGGACAACCACGUACCUGGCAUGAUGUUCCCUGAGCACCCUAGGCGGCAGGCGGCGGUGAAGAGGACGCUGACUCAUUGCCUCGACAUCGUUAAGGGCCUGGAGUAUAUACACGAGAAGGGCUUCACGCACAGAGAUAUGAAGCUGGAAAACGUGUUGAUCGGAAAUGAAGACGUGGCAAAAAUAACCGAUGUUGGUGUAACGAAACCAACGAGCACGUGCGCACGUGCAACGGUUCCCCGGCGUAUAUGGCACCGGAAGUUCUAUUGUCCACUGAAAACCAGACCAACAAGAUAGAUAUCUACAGCCUGGCGCUUAUAUACUGGGAAAUGUGGUUCGGACACGACGUAUCCAGCGAUAUGAACCGGGAAAUCCUCGGACUCGGUUUCCAAGGAGACGCGUUAUCAAAGCUCCGCGAGCGUCAAAGUGCUGAGAAAGGUGGAUGGCGACCGAGUUUAAGCCACCGGAACAGGCCGCCGAACAGCUUUAUCGAAAUUAUCAAAAGAAGUUGGUCUGACAACCCUGACCAGAGACCGGAAGCGAAGGAAAUUCGGAUCUUUCUUGAGAAACUGAUUCGCAACAACUGAGGGAUAAAAACAAAUACAUACAUCACAAGAUAUAUUUUCAAAUGGCCGUAUUAUCCUUACAUGUAAUAUCCCACGAUUUUUCAUGAUAAGUCGCAGAUUGGUUAUUUACUUGUAAUGUGUGUGCUUUUGUUCCAUUUUCAGCAUUAUCACAGCAUGUGACAAAAUAUAGUGGUAGUCGGUUUGUGUUUCAAGCACGAGUAUACGCUUAAAGGAUGUAGAAACGAGUAUAAGCUUAAAGCACGCAGAUUAUUACAUGCACACAACUUAAGCUACGUUAAUAGACUUUACAAGGUGUAUCAAGUGCGUAGCAAGUUGAAUAAGUUUGUGUUAGUUUAAUUACACUAAAUGGUUAUUUAUUUUGCGUGUGAGUUACACAUAAUAUUACCUUUCGCUUCAACCA